AUGGGCAAUACUCAAUCUACCUCUCACACCUCCUUCAAUGCCGAGUCCGACGGUCUAAUAGAUCAGUCACAUGCAGACCAGAGUGACCAGCGUUCCGCAAUGAACUCGACCGACACAGCGCCUACUCAGCCCCGAGCCCGCAGGCAGCGACUCAGCCUAUAUGGAUCGGUGAGGCAACGAAUUGUUCAUCGCUCAUCGGUCGUCAGAUCUCAUACCGGCUCACAAGAUAUAACUCAGGAUGCUGACGCGGAACAAGAAGAGCGGCCUCUAGUUGACACGCUUGAGACAAGGCCCACCGUUGGUACCGUCACAAUCUCCACUACACUGCCUGGCCCUCUUUCUCGCAGUGCCUCAUCCGUCUCAAGGCUAGGAUCUCGAAUCUUGCCAAACGCGGUGGCGAGAGUGCUGUUGAGCAGCGGCGAAGAGACACUUGCCGAGGGGCAUGCUUUACGGAAUGGAACGCCGGAGAGGUGGCGGACUGCUCAGCGACAAUCGCACUUCGAUUCCAACAGCAGGUUCUCGCUGACCGGAUCCAUAAGACGGCGGAUUGGCAACCGUUCUGAGUCCCGGGGUAGCCCAAGACGUGCCACAGCGAGAAGCCUGUUCACUGGCGGUGCAUCCCAUCGACAAUUACUCAACGAUACCGAUCCAGAGCGUCUCAGCCAAGAUCAGCCCUCAAUCACUUUGGAUUUGAGUGACAUCUCCGCGUCAGUGCGCAGGCGCAAUCGACUGCAGAGAGUACGAAACUCUUUGUCUAGCCCUUUAAUUAGCCUUUUCCAACCCUCGGUCAAUCGACACGACUCAAUGAAUCUGGAUAGACCAGUCGUAGGAAGGCCGGCUCAGGCCGCUUACACAGAUGAUUCGGAUCAUCUGUUGCCCCCCUUGAAUCCCGUCAAUCACCAUCUCGAUUUAGGUGAUGCUCCACACGAACUCGACGCUGUGGAGCCGGAAUCAAGGUCAGUCCUACCCGGCGCAACCUCUGCUACUGGCAUGAGUGCCAUAAGACAGCUCCCCCAAAGUCUUCGCUCACGCUCGCGACUAUACCGCCGCCCGGAGGCGCCACCAUUGUCUCAAGUUCUGCAAUUGGCGGCCCAGGCGAUUGCCUCGCAGCUGUCUGGUCAUGGCGAUGGUCUCAGCCCAAUGACUCGCCCUUUGGGCGGUCAGGGAUUUGGAGGAAACAUCGAGGAUUUUGUGCAUACCCUCCAAGAAGCUGCAAGUGCACAGGCCGGUGAGACCCUCGACAUGAAUACACCAGAGGGCGACUUGCCGCCCGUCAACUUUAUGCGCGUCUUUUCCUUCCCAAAUGACGAAAAUGGCUCCCCUGUAGCUCCACCCCGACCGCAGGAGGGAGUCACUGGAGACAGUGAAGCUGGCGAUGCAUCCUUGGAUCCGGACCGCUCAGUAACCCUGGUGUUGGUUGGCGUCCGUUCAAUGCCUUCAAAUCAUGAAGCUGUGGGCGAUGGAGCUCUAGGUCCUAGCCUUGACAACAUCUUGAACCUGUCGCCAUUUCCACCCUCAGCUGGACUUGGCAACGCAGGUACUGGAGCCUUGUUACGCCGCGCUGGAGGCCGGGCACGAACCCACCGGCGACAUUCAAUGACCAACUUCGACUUUCCCGCACAGUACGAGAGCCAAAGACAUCAUAGGCGGCGAUUGUCGAGCAUUGGCCCCCCCACAGAUGCCCUGUCAUCCAUAGUUCCUAUCUCAGAGAGUCCACCAGGGCCGGUUCCACCUCCGUCUACACCUGCCGACAUUCGUUCAGGUCAAACUACACCGCUCCGGCGCCCUUCUUCAGCCUCGGCAGCACACUCUGCGGCUCUGCCAGACCUUGACGAAGAUCGUGCUCCGCCACUACUUUCAUCCUCAUCCUACGACUACACCUCUGCUCGUCAGCGGCAGCGCUCCGACAGCGAGUUUGCCCGCCGCCCGGAGCUUGGGGCCGGGGCUGCACGGCGCAACGGCGUUGUCGAGCCAGAUCAUCCGCCCGUUGGCACAGCCACUGGCCGCAGCUGGUUGAUAUACGUUGUCGGAACGAACGUGUCUCCUGACCAUCCCGCGUUUACAAUGCCGAGUCUCUUCACGGACAACCCAAGCUAUGAGGACAUGCAGAUGCUUACAACAUUACUUGGACCAGUCAAGCCGCCGGUGGCUAGCCAAGAGGAUGUUCGAGAGGCAGGUGGGCUUUAUAGACUAGUUCUGCGGGACGGGUUGCUCGUUGGAGACCUUGUCACCACAGAGGCACAGCUAACGGAACCUUUGAGAAUGGAGGAGCGGUGUUUGAUAUGUCUCUGCGAUUUCGAAGAGCGGGAAGAAGUGCGGCAGUUGGGUAAGUGUCGACAUGUGUACCACCGGGAAUGCAUCGAUGAGGUAAGUCCAGUUUCUGAUCUGACCGAUUGGAAACAGCAACGACUAACGGGUCCACUAGUGGUUAACUACAGGCCGCAACAGCUGUCCAAUGUGUCGAGCACAAGGUGUCGACGAGAGGAACCCAUCGACGCCGGCAGUGGAAAAUUCACCGCCCACCCCGGCUGA